CCCCAAGGUCACCCGCAGAGUCAGGUACUCAGGCUCAGUCGGAGCCGAUGCCCGCAGUGCGCAUCUGGGAGGGAAGGAGAGAACUCGACGCCCUCCUCUGCUCACGGAUUUUAAAGCGGGCGCGACCAUGGCCGGACGAGUUAAAAAAAUCGGAGACUUCACCUUCAAGAGCGUCUCCGGGCCAGCCGCCGAGGUCCUCCGCCGGACGCUGUGCAUGUACGUGAAGGACUACGUGGAGGUCCAGCCCAGCGGCGCCGUCUUCCCCAACUACCUUGAGGACUGGUGCCUCAAGUACCACGAGUUCGCUGUCCAGAAGGAUGACGUCUGGGUCGUGACGUACCCCAAGGCAGGGACAACGUGGACGCAGGAGCUGGUGUGGUGCCUCAUGUUCGACAUGGACUCCGAAGAGGCCAGACUCGAGCUGAUGAAGCGCUUCCCGUUCUUCGAGUUUGACAGCCUUGUGGACAGCAGCCUUGAGGUUCCGGGGAUGAGGGCGGACGACCCCAUGAAGCCAGGGAACACCUGGAAAAUCCUGCAGGCGCUCAAGUCUCCCAGGACGAUCAAAAGCCACCUACCCGUUGCGCUUCUGCCCAAGCAGCUGUGGACCGCUCACCCGAAG